ACGCAGCUAGGUGAGUGAGAGGAGCUCUCUGACGGGGAGUCGUAUAGGGGUCUGCAGGCUGUAGACCCUUCCUCCCACCUGCCUUGGCUGAAGACUUGCAGUUUGGUUAAACUUAAACAUGGGUCAGGUCCAAAGUCACCCAGUGGUCUCUCAGGAGAAGAGACCCAAAAAAGUGAAGGGGAAAAAGAAGAAAGGAUUCUUUCAUUUCUUAUCCCUGCUGACCUGUGUGGGAAUGGAAGAGAGAAGGAAUGAUGCCUCCUCAAUUCCCACAAACGAUGACACAGAUUCUGAAAGUUCAUUGUCAGCUGAUGGAUGUGUUAUGCACCAUCUGACAAAGAGCCUCCAGGAACUGGAUUGGAGCCCCAUCGAAAAGGACAAAGACUGUACAGUCACGGAGGAGGAAGAGGAGCUGCUGCUGCCUCUGUUCAGCCCUCUGUCUGGACCUCUGCUGCUGUACAUGCCGGUGUGGCGUCCUGCUCCGUCAUCCAUGCCUGCUGUUGUUCAGCUGACUCGUGCUGGGAAGCUGUUAAUGACAGAGUUAACAUCUCUGGACACUCUGACCUUCUUCACGGCCCCAGUUUGGCUGCAUCACAUUCCUAAGAUCUACUUCACCCAGGCUGGGAAGAUGGCAUUGGAGGAACUAGUACUCAGAGGACAGAUGACCAGCGGACCCUUGCUGCCCUGGGAGUUCAGCCCCCUCUACUGUGGCCCUGUGGUCAUUUGGACUGGGGAAUAG